CCCCAUUGUGAUUUGGAGAUUACUGUAGCAGACUGUGUAUGCAAGCACCUGUGUGCAAGAAUCUCUUACUCUCCUACAAGUUGGUAAUGAGAGACUCAAUCUUGCGUUUCCCCACAGGGAAUUUUUGCAGCCCCCAAGGCCAACUCAGAAUGCAUACAAGAAGGUGGAGAGACUACAACAAUCUCAGAUAAGGCUGGACCUCCGUGGCAGUUUUUGCAAUCCCUCAGUAUCCACACAGUUGCAAAAAAAAAAGGAAAAUAAUUUGCUUAGAAAGUCCCCUUGUUCCCUCUGAGCAGUUUAGAAAGCAUGUUAUGAAGCUCCAAGGGUGGAGCUUCAUAACCUCCAGCCUUUAAUUAAAAAAAAUUGGGGCCUAGUGAGUAUGUAGGGGGACCUUUUCUGUUUUUAAAUAGUGGUGGUGUUGCUUUUAAAAUUAAAUUCAUUCUUCACUGAACGAAAACCCAUUGUAGCAGUGGUUGUAGCACGUAGCCAUUACUUUAUUUUUUUAAGUUAAAAUAUGCAUAUCAGGCCUGUUAGCUAGUCUGAAAAAAUAGCUCUUGGCACUUCUGAGAUCACUUAUCCCAAUCUAUGCUCAUUUUCAACACAUUUGGAGCCCUGGCACAUUUGAAGGGGGACACAGAUUGGAAAGAAUUCUUCACACGCACCCUUAUAAGGCUCGUUAUGGGACUUCUACCAUCCUGAUCCAGCCUACAUUUCUUUCACAUUGUGUCUAUGACCUUGGUCAAAAAAAAAAAAGAGUUAAAAAUGGCUGUUUUAGAGGAACAGACUGAACUCCUAACUACUUGAGACAAAAGUACAGCUUGCACAACUAACCAUUGUUUAUGUGUUGCUUUUCUUCCAAGGAUCUCAAGGUGCUGUAUGUUGACCUUAGCCUGCUGUUUUUACUCUUGCAACAAUGCUGUUAACCAUGGAAGAAGCCAGCACUGUGGAGGAAGGGGAAGUGACCUCAGGGAUGCAGUCCUUGGCUGUAGAAGAUCCGCCUGCCCAAGACCUUUCUCCUCCCACAGAGGAUCAGGAUGAGGCCCCUGAGGAGGAAGAGGGGGAGAAGGGAGAGGAAUCUGCUGAGGAGGACUGGUGUGUGGCCUGCAGUGAUGAGGAGCUGGAAUCCCCAGACAGCUGGAUGCCUCCCCCUGAGGAGAUCCGGCGCCUCUAUGAGCGCAUCGCUGCAGAAGGGACUUUGGAACUCCAGGCAGAAAUCCUGCCCCGACGCAACCCCACCCCAGAGCCUGACAGCGAAGAUCAGAAUAAAUCUGAAGGGCAACCCGAACACCAGGAAGAAGAGGAAGAAGAGAAGCCUCACGUGCCAACAGAGUUCGAUUUUGAUGAUGAACCUGCCUCACCAAAAAGUUCCUUGAUAGAUCGUCGGAGAACCCCUGGAACUUUGGCUAAGAGCCAGAAGAGGGAGGCCCGUAUGGAUAAGGUGCUGUCUGACAUGAAGCGCCACAAAGUCUUAGAGGAACAGAUCCUGAAGACGGGCCGGGAUCUCUUUGACCUGGACUCGGAUGACGUGCCCACUCCAAAGCGCCCACCAGGUCUCUUUCUGCGUCAGCGCAAAUACUGAGUGCAGUGAAGAAAAUAAGCCUUUUGGUUUGAAGUCGGAGAUGGGAGAAGGAACCACAGGCAGUUAGAUUUUCAUAUGCAAGGGGAAAGGAAAUCACAGCACAGACCAACGUUCCCUCUAAGCUGUGCAGGUGUGUCGCUGUGCAGCGCUGUAUUGGUGUCACACCCCUGCAGUUAGUGUUGCCACUCAUUUGUUUCCGGACAGAAGUUUGUACAUGCAGGAUGGGGUUCCCACUCAGUUGUGGUUGUGGAAAAAUUAGAGGAAGUGCCAUGGACUUUGGGUGAGAUCCUGUGCUGGCUGCAGGAGAUGCUGGCAUUUGGUUAUUUGUAUAUAAUAAAACUCUGUGAGUUUAACUUGA